AUGUACUCGAAAUACUACCAGAUCCCCUAUCCAUCGCACAAGUCGCCGAUGGACGGCGACACGGCCCACCGCGACCUCGACUGGGCGUACGCCGCGCAGACGGACCGCAUCUUCUCCUUUGGCGUCAACGAGCGCGGCGUGACGCGCGACCAGAAGCUGCACCUGCUGCAGACCGAGUUCUGGCCGGCGCUCGCGCGCUGGGUCGAGUCGCGGCAGGAGGUGCUCCCCGGCGGGACGCUCGUCGGCGGGUGGUGGCGCGCCGACAUGAUGGGCAUGCUCGACUGGUACCGCGACUGCCUGCACCUGACGGCGCGCUGGGACGACGCCGUCGUCGCCCACGCCGACGGCGUCUGGCGCGACGUCCUCCUCACCAGCCCUUGGUUCCACUGGGCCGAGUUCUUCCCCCUGCUUAAGGAGCCCGUCCUCGACGACCGCGGGCGCCCCAUCGUCGACGACGCCGGCCGCGUCCUCUACCAGGACCGCGACCCCCACGGCGACGGCAUGGAGGACGCCUUCAUGGACCUCUGGGAGGCCGUCGCCAACGCGCGCCCGCUCAGGAAGACGCCCGCCGGGCACUUCAUCAUGCCGCACAUGCUGCCGCCGAGUUAUGAAUUAAGGAAGCUGCGAAAGUCGGGCGGGCCGCCUUUGGCCGAGAUCGGGCCUUUUGUUUCUUUUUGA